GCGGGGCGGCCGGGCGGCGGCGGGGCCCGCGCCGUCAUGCCUUGGCUGAGCGGCGGCCGGCGGCGACGGCGGGGACAGCCGCGCGAGGCCCCGCGGGAGCCGCCGCCGUCCGCGCAGCCCCAGCGGGAACCGCCGCCGCCGGCGCCCCCCGCCGCGGUCCCCACGCCCCCCGCUCCCUCCGCGCCGCAGCCGCGGGCCCGGGAGAGCGCGGAGCUGCCGCUGCCCGCCGGCUGGGAGGAGGCGCGAGACUACGACGGCCGCGUCUUUUACAUUGACCACAACACGCGCCAGACGUCGUGGAUCGACCCCCGCGACCGGAUAACAAAGCCAUUGACCUUUGCCGAUUGUGUUGGGGAUGAACUUCCUUUAGGAUGGGAAACUGUAUAUGAUAAACAAAUUGGAGUUUAUUACAUGGACCACAUAAAUAAACUUACCCAGAUUGAGGAUCCAAGAGAACGAGGGAGUGAGCAAGAGCGCAUGUUGAAGGAAUAUUUAAUUGUAGCCCAGGAGGCUCUCAAUGCCAAGAAAGAAAUCUACCAGAUUAAGCAACAGCGGUUUGAGCUGGCCCAGGAGGAAUACCAGCAGCUGCACAAAAUGUGUGAGGAUGACAGCUGCUUACAUUUGGGGGCUGUGACAUUCUCUGGAUAUUCAACAAAUACAAAGUAUGACCCACACCAAAUUAAAGCAGAAAUAGCAAGUCAACGGGAUAGGGUGAUCAGAUUAAAACGAGAGCUGACUCAGAUGAAGCAGGAACUGCAGUACAAAGAAAAGGGGGUGAGACCCUGGCAAGAGUGAGAUUGAUCGAAGAUGUCAAGUACUCACACCAGCUACAAUGAUGAGGCGCAAGCCACGUGAGGAGCUCCGCACCACUGGAAGGCUAUUUGCACAGGCGAGAAGGAGAGACGUGGACCUGGAUGCAUAGCUUGUCUCAUUCUGUUCCAGAGCCUGGCCAAGCUGACUGAUAGCUUCAAGAACAGCUGCUCCAGCAUCGACUCUCUAGUGGACUUUCCUCACCAUGCAGGCGCACCUGGCGAAGCGCUGGUCUACUCCCAGCAGUUCUGCGAUGCCGCUCCCAGACCUGAUAUAAUCGGGAGGUAUAUUUCAUUUGAUGAUAAAACAAGACUUGCAGACUCCGUCAGACUUAAUUGGCAGUAUGAAGAAAUGGGUAAAGAGGUAGAGAAGCGCUUUAUCCAACUCGCUUUUCUGCUUACUUACUUUCUCCUAGUCGCUAACAUCCAGCAGCAGCUGGCCCGGCUUGACAACGAGUCCUGGCCAGGCACGGCCGAGGCUGACAGGGACCGGCUGCAGCUCAUCAAGGAGAAGGAGGCCCUGAUGCAGGAGCUUCAGCUCAUCAUCGCACAGCGCAGCUCCAAGGAGAUGUGUGGCCCGGCUGAGGAGGCGGAGCGCCUGGAGGAGGAGCUGCGGGCAGCACGUGGGCCACUCGCACAGGGCGCCACGGAAAGGAUUCUGCUUCAGGAAAAAAGGAAUUGUCUACUUAAGUAGCUGGAAGAAGCCACCCGCUUAACGUCCUACCUCCAGUCCCAGUUAAAAAGCCUGUGUGCCAGCACCCUGACGGCCCUCGGGGAGCAGCGCCACAGGUCCCUGGCCUCCAGCCGCUGGCCUCCUGGCCUCCAGCCGGGCUCCCUGAGCUCUCGGCCUCGCUUCUACGGACAUCACGGCCCUCCCGCAGCAUGAGAAGUCCACACUGAGGGCAGCCAGCUUCUACUCGACCUCAUUCCCUUCGACUCGCUGGGGCGAGAUGCCACCUUUACAGAGCCGGCAGGCCCCUCGGGCUUCCACAAGCAGAGGCGUGUCCCUGACACACCCCAGUCCCUGGCAUCGCUGUCCUCCCGCUCCUCCCUGUCCUCACUGUCACCCCCAAGCUCGCCCCUGGAUACGCCCUUCCUCCCUGCCUCACGGGACUCACCACUGGCGCAGCUGGCGGACAGCUGGUGUGGGCCAGGCCUGGGUGCCCUGGACAUCAUGGCGCACAAGCUUCGCUCUGGGGGAGAAGACUUACGAGGCAUGGCGCCCUUCAGCUACACGGUCCCUGGGGACGGGAAGGGCCACACGAGUUGUGACCCCCACUGUGCCAGCUCCUGUGGUGGAACAGUGACUCUUCGAGAAGACAGUGCCAAGAGGUUGGAGAGGAGGGCACGCCGCAUCUCCGCAUGCCUGUCGGAUUAUUCACUAGCCAGCGACAGUGGGGUGUUUGAACCCUCUGUGUUCAGGAACGAAGAUGCCGAGGAGCCUGCCUACGGAGACACGGCCAGCAACGGAGACCCCAGAUCCCACGUGGGACCCUAGAGUACAGACCCUAGCCUGUUGCGCGACAGCGGCAACGAGUGUCUGCUCGUGCACGUUUGCAGCUGGAAGAACCCGGGGCGGCUGGCGGUGAAGGAAGACUGCAGCGUCCACAUCCGCGUCUAUUUGCCACCACUGGACUUGGGCACGCCCAACACUUACUGCUCCAAGGCUCUGGAGUUCCAGGUGCCGCUGGUGUUCAAUGAAGCGUUCAAUCCCGUGCACUCCAGCGCAUUGACACUGUGUCACUCAGUUAUAAUGUACAGCACAAUUAGGGCAUGUAGAGUUCAGCAGUCGCUUUUAUUUCAGAAAUUCCUGAGCAAAUCUGCCUCAUCAGGGCAGGCAUUGCCUGUGAUUAACCUGGCUGACUAUGACAGUUUGAGUGAGAUGUAGCCGCGCUGGCAUUCCGUCCAGGUGUUCACCAGCUCUGAGCCAUCGAGCGCUGAGCCUGGGUGUGCGGGAGGAGCUCCGACCCGUGAUCCUGCACACACCAUCUCCAUCUCCUAAAACGGGGUAUUUGGAUGUGUGACAGUGCUCCUGGCCAGAACCACACAGCUGCAGGCGGUGGAGAGGGAGCUGGCCGAGGAGCGCCAAGCUGAGUACACGGAGGAGGAGGUCCUGGAGAUGGAGCGCAAGGAGGAGCAGACCGAGGCUGUAUCCGAGCGAACUGCGGAAAAACUGUCAUGGGAAGCAUUACUUUCUCUGGGAGACAGCCAGUGUGCCAGGCAGCGAGUUGGUACAGACUCGGUGGAUAGCGGUUGUAGCAACUGCACCCAGAAGCCUCCGCACCCAGAGCCCUGCUGCGUGGGUAUCGACUCCAUCCUGGGCCAUCCAUUUGUUGCUCAGGCAGGGCCUUACAGCCCAGAGAAAUUUCAGCCCUCACCUCUUAAGGUUGAUAAGGAAACCAACACAGAAGAUCUCUUCGAAGAAGCAGCCAGCCUCCCUGAAGGAGCGGUCCAGGCCGCCGGCCCGAGGCUGCCUUUUGCUCCUGCCAAGUCACCAACGUGCCGGCUGGAGGGGCUGCUUAUUGAGGGGGGAAGGGUGCAAGCAGGUAGUGCUUUGCUUACCCAGAGGAAAAGCUCUGUGUGCCUGCGUAACAGCUGCAAUUUACUGGCAAUGUUUGGGAUGCUUCGCUGUUCUCUUUAUCGUAGUGACAGUGACAGUUCAACGCUUGCCCCCGAAGUCCCCUUUACAAACACUUUGAAAGACGAACCUCUUCGCUAUAAGCAGUCAUGCAGGUCUUCCCUGGUUGAGCUCAUGGCCCGUACCUCUGACUUGGAGCUGGAUCUCCAGGCGCGAGAACAGCCGCAGAGGCAGCGGAACGAGGAGCUCUGUGUUUCAAAGAGCUGGCGUGCAGCGGUUGAGGACGCCCAGCCCGCUGGGCGCGAGACUCACCUCCCACUCCUGGGGUGUCGGGACGCAGCGGCCGCGGGCCUGCUGCGGAGGCCGAAGCGGCAGACAAGACAGACUCAAACUUUUGACUCACAUGAGCAAGCAGCUGAGAAGAUGCUGAAGAAGGCCUCCCAAGGUAUCUACUAGCUGCGGCAGAGCCACAAAGAGCCUAUCCAAGUGCAGACUUUCCAGGAGAAGAUAGCAUUCUCACGCAGGCCAAGGAUCAACAUACCUCCUCUCCCCAGCCGACGACGCCCUGAUGAGUGUGCGUUGUGCACAUGA